CGAUCGGAGACUGAAGCAGGGAAGCUGAUUCACUCGGCGCGAGUACAGUUCGAGAGAGAGAGGCGAGACCGCGAGCAGCAGAGAGAGCAGGAGAAGGCGGAAACAGAGAGAUUAGAAAAGGAACGAGAGAAGGAGAGAAUAGAAUCAGAGAGGGAAGAGCAGGAGAGGAGAGAGAGACAGCAGGCGGCAGGAAAGGGGAAGGAGAAGGUAGCUGUUGGGAGUGGUGCGGAGGGGCAGGACGGUGCGUCUGCGAUGGAGAUUAGCGAAGGGGAAGGGAAGGAGAUGGAGGAGGAUGGAGAAGAGCCGGUGGCGAGCGGGAAACUGAAACCAACCUUGGGCAACGGAGCGGACCUGGGGCGAUACUCCUUCUCACAGACUCUGGGGGAAUUGAAUCUGGCGAUUCCCCUGCCUGCGGGCACCAAGGCACGGGGAGUGACAGUGGAGAUCAAGAAGACGAGGCUGGUGGCUGGGUUGAAGGGGCAGGCGCCUGUGCUAGAGGGCGAGCUGUGGGCGCCAGUCAAGGUGGAUGACAGCAUUUGGAGUAUCGAGGACAACCCUGGGGGCGGUCGCACCCUCUCCAUUCUCCUCACCAAGAUCAAUCACAUGGAGUGGUGGAGUGCGGUGGUGAGGGGCGAGCCGGAGAUCGACACUCAGAAGGUGGAACCCGAAAAUAGCAAGCUGGGCGACCUUGAUGCUGAAACGAGGCAGACUGUAGAGAAGAUGAUGUAUGACCAGCGGCAACGCCAGAUGGGGUUACCAACGAGUGAGGAGCAGCAGAAGCAGGACAUUCUCAAGAAGUUCAUGGCUCAGGUGGGUGGUCUCCGGGGCUCUGGUGGGGGUUUUCUUGGGCUCAUGUGGGUUCUCAGUUGGGCUUUUUUUAGGCUCUGGUGGGUGCUACCUGUGUUCAAGUUUCCCAAGGAGCGUCUGGAUUCUUUCAACCUGCUCUUGUCGUUCCGCCCGUUCCUUCCCUCGCUUGCCUUUCCACUAUGA